AUUUAAAAAAUAUUUAAUCGUUGCAGCGCGUUCUCGAUAAUACAAUUAAACUGGAUAAAAUGGUUUCUACGAGAUUAAUUGGCAUAUCGAUUACGUAUACCAGCGUUAUCGGCAUGUUCAUUGAUUGAGAGUACAAAUUGGUUGGUAUUUGCUGCAAUUUUAUACGACGUACGGAUGAUAACUUGCCUGUCAAAUCAUUAAUUAUCGCCAGUGGCCAGUGCACGUUCGGUAGGCCUACUGGCUUACGGAAACGAAACUUGUAUUCACGUCGCCUUUCCAUUGUCGAUACUCCAAAAACCAACUUGGGGAUGAUGUUGGAAGUAAUGAAAUGAGCAAUCCGCUUCGUCAUUCCUGUCCUAAUUAAUUAGGAAGGGGGAAUAUUUGGGAUCGCUCUCCGGAUUCGAUAGUAGUAGGCCUAUUUGAGUUUUUUUCUUGAGUAAAAAUGAAAUUCGAGAACAAUGUUUUCAAAUUAUUCUACGUUAUAAUUAUGAAAUUCUGGUGACUGGAAUGAAUUUUAAGCCUGCUGUAUUGGGAUUUAUAUUUAAAACUACACAGAAAUUGAAAUUUCUUCUUCCUUUGUCGACACGCACCGAGGUACAGACAUUAAACACUUAGAAUAUACCGUGUCAAGAAUCCUGUUCUCUCGUCAAUAAUUAAGACGAAAAUGCUCAAAUAAUUACUAGAACAGUAGAAACUUUUCCUACUGGUUACUGUAUUGCUCGGUGUUCUCGAAUGGAAACAUUGGAAGGUGGGCGUUAGUAGUGUGUAAUAUGUAAUUUAGGAAGAAUUGGCAAUUGUGGCGCGAGAAAAGGAAACGAAAAUUGAUCUGAGAAAGUAUCUAUUUUAAUUGGCACUCGUUAAAUAUGCAUUUGUGGGAUGAGAAUGCCAGUUAACCUAGGCCCAAUUAAUGGAAAUUUAAUUACUCGCAAUAAAAUAGUAACUUGAAAUUAAAAGGAUGUAACGUUUGGAAGCCUUCGUCGGCCUGGCGCCAGAUUUCGUUAACGAUAAAAUAACUGCCAUUUACACCAAGUCCCUCGUUUGCUCGUAGAACUUUCGGUUUCUUUUAAUUAAGUUCUCGUCAAAGAAAUUUAAUAUUUUGACACGCCUACCGACAAAGUACUAUGCAACUUACUCGGUCAAUUAUACAUGCCAACAGUUAUUAAUUUAGAGUUAUUGAAAACAGUUAACGCCGGGCACAACCAAAUUGAUGUGGCCAGACAUCCGAACCAUCGAGAGAGCGCGUUACGGGGCCCCGAAAUCGAGAUUUAUCGUUUGCGUAUCACGAUGCAAAUGGACAAAUUUAGGAUUAACUGGUGUUUUGCAAAAUUAACUUCCCAGGUAUGCAAAUAAGCCGUAGACACGUAAUUUUUCACUCGCGCUAAUCAACAUAGGAGGCUUGCUUAAACCAAAAUGUACGGUACAUCGGAACAUUUUGUACAGGUGCAGCAAAUAAAUGGACAAAUCAGGAGGAGCAAAACGAUGGUGUCGUUUCUAUUGUCUGAAACUGGUUUCCCGGUCAGACGUCACAAAAGGAAGUGUUAGUUAGCUGACAUUCGACCGAUAGCUCUCGUACAAUACACUAUACGGAUGUUAUGGAUUUUGAUGACGUGUUGCCCCACAUCGGCGAUUAUGGAUUCUAUCAGAAACUAAUGUUUUGCAUUCUGGCCGUACCGGCCAACAUACCCGCUGCCUUUUCUGUCUUCAAUAUCGUGUUCAUAUCGGCCGUACCCGAUCACUGGUGCCGAGUGCCGGAACUCGAAGAGCAAAACUUAAGUUUGCAGUUUAUCAAAAACGUCAGCAUUCCACUAGAGCUGAAGGACGGAAAAUGGAAACACAGUAAAUGUAAGAUGUACGACAUCAACUAUACGCAAUUAAUCGAAGAUAUUGUUAACGGAUACACCCCGAUUAAGGAAGAUUGGGCAGAAACCGAUUGUAAAUAUGGAUGGAACUACGAUAGAUCUUUGUACCAUCGUACCUUACCUACAGAGAUGGACAUAGUAUGCGAUUACCGAUGGAUGACGUCGUUCGCCAAUUCCAUGUUUUACGUGGGAAGUUUGGGAGGAAGUCUAACUUUCGGUUACCUCGGUGACAAAUACGGAAGACGACCGGCCUUCUUUGCCAUGUUAAUCAUUCAUUUAAUAUUCGGAAUUCUAGCGUGUUUUCCCCUCAAUUACACUUUCUACAUAGUCUACAGAUUCAUGAUUGGCACCUGCUACCCUUCUUUGUUUCAACUUCCCUUCAUCAUGGGUAAGCAUUAAUGGAAAUUGAAAGUUCUCCUUCUGUUCCGGUAAUACAGUCUUCCUUGUUUAUCAGUUUUAGAACUGAUCAGCCCCGGCAAAAGAGCUCAAAGCGGGAUGGUACUGUGCAUUAUUUUCUCUCUAGCGAUGGUUUUGUUAGCUGGUCUAGCAUACUCUGUCAAAGAUUGGUUUUAUUUAUCCGUCAUCUGCUCGUUCCCUUUCGUUUCGUUGCUUUCGUACUGGUGGUUUCUGCCCGAAUCUCCGAGAUGGCUGCUGAGUUGCAACAGAAUCAAAGAAGCCGAAGUAAUCGUUCAGAAGAUAUCAAAGGCCAACAAGAAAAAUAUUGCACCGAAUUUUCUGAAAUCCUUUAUGGAGAAGAAAGGGGUGUUGGUAGAAGACAAGACACCCGAUCCUUCCAUAUUCGAUCUAUUAAGGUACCCAAAUAUUCGCAAGAAAUUUUUAAUCGUCAGUUUCGGGUGGAUCGUCAAUUCCAUCGUGUACACGGGCCUGUCUUUGGGAGCCACUCUCCUAGGAGUCAACGAUUAUUUGGGCUUUGCAAUUUCGGGAUUAGUAGAGAUACCUGGACUUCUGAUAUCUUGGUUCGCAAUGGAGCGAUUAGGAAGAUGUUGGGUCAUUUGCUUAACCAUGGUUAUUGGUGGUUUAGCGUGCAUGGGUACAGCUUUCGUACCAACAGAUUUUAUCUGGGUAACAGUUACCCUGUCUAACAUCGGGAAAUUCUGCAUCACCGGUUCGUUCGCGGUCAUCUACGUCUACGGAUGCGAGCUCUUUCCUACUGUUUUAAGAAGCAUAGCGCUAGCCACUGCCUGUUUUAUCUCCAGCAUCGGUCUGAUUCUGGCUCCUCAUCUGCUGACUCUGUCGGAGUCGUACGGUCGUGCCAUUCCCGUCAUCGUAAUGGGUGCCAUAUCCGCAGCCGGAGGCCUUUCCAUCUUGUUUUUACCCGAAACUUUAAAUUCGCACUUGCCACAGACCAUCGAGGAAGGCGAGAAUUUCGGUAAAGAUGCCAAAUUUCUGAGUUGUCCCUGGACUAAAAGUAUGGAGUUCGACGAGGUGCUGCCCCACAUCGGCUCUUACGGCAAGUACCAAAUAUUACUGUUGGGUCUGUUGGCUCCCGUGGCCAACAUACCUUGCUGCUUUACUUAUCUCAGCGUGGCCUUCGUUUCCGCCACCCCCGAUCACUGGUGUCGAAUACCGGAACUGGAGGGACACUUUCCCGAAGACGUAAUCAAGAACAUCAGCAUACCGCUGGAGACCAGAGAUGGCGUCGAAAUGUACAGUCAGUGUGCCAUGUACGACUACAAUUACACUCGAAUCCUGCUGGAGGGUGUUCCCCCCGACGUCGACGUCCCUCGGGUACCUUGCAAGAACGGCUGGAAUUACGACAGAUCCGUCUACGAGAGUACCUUGGUUACCGAUAUGGACGUGGUAUGCGAAGACAGAUGGCUUCAAUCGCUAGCGGAAUCCAGUUACUUCUUUGGGACCAUCGUGGGUAGCAUCAUUUUCGGCAAUUUAGGCAACAUUUAUGGCAGGAAACCGACCUUCUACGUGCUGCUCUUCCUGAACAUCGUGGCCGGCAUUCUGUCGGCAUUUCCGCCUAAUUACACGGCAUAUAUUGUUUAUAGGGCAUUUAUAGGCACUACUAGCAUUGUCAUUUUCCAAAUUCCUUUCAUUUUGGCCAUGGAGAUGAUGAGUCCACAAAAGAGAUCCGUAUCGGGGAUGUUCAUAUGCACCAUGUUUCCAUUGUCCAUAUCUUUCAUGUGUUUGUUGGCAUACCUUUCACGCAAUUGGUUUAUAUUGUCUUUACUAACUUCCUUCCCUCUGAUACUCUUCUUCAUCAUUUGGUAUUUCGUUCCAGAAUCGCCAAGAUGGCUCAUGACACAGAAUCGAAUCGACGAAGCCGAAGUCAUCGUCCAGAAAAUGGCAAAAAUCAACAAGAAGAAGAUCGAACCCAACUUCUUGAGGGCCCUCAUGGUAAAGCCCACAGAUUCCUCCCUUAAACCAUAAAACACUAUAAAAUUUUAAGAUAAAUUAUGCCAUCGUAUUUAGACGUCAAAGGGUAUCAAUCAUCAAGAGGAUAAGAAACCGGAUAAGAAGUUAAUCAUCUUGCAAAUGAUCAAGUAUCCCAAUAUAAGAAAGAAGUUCCUCAUCAUCUCCUACGGGUGGUUGGUGAAUGCCAUCGUUUACGUGGGUCUUCUCUUAGGAGCCACCAUGUUCAGCAUUAACGAUUAUCUGUCCGUCACCAUUUCCGGUUUGGUAGAGCUUCCGGGUGUCCUGAUAUCGUGGUGGGCCAUGGACAGAUACGGUAGACGAACCGUUAUCUUGACAGAUAUGGUAGUAGGGGGGCUAGCUUGCGUCUGUGCCGGUUUCGUUCCCGGAGAUUACACUUGGACCAUUGUCAUUUUGGCCAACAUCGGGAAAUUGGGCAUAACCGGUUCCUAUUCCACCAUUUAUUGUUUCGGAAGCGAGUUGUUUCCUACCGUUCUUCGCACUUUAGCCCUGGCUACCGCCUCUUUAGUGGGCAGUAUAGGAGCGAUAACAGCACCAUACAUACUCUACCUGGGGGCGUUAUACGGAAGAGCUUUACCUGUUAUCAUCUUAGGAGUGUUGUCUGUGUCCGGCGGUAUCAGUACUCUGUUCCUGCCAGAAACUCUCAACGAAAAUUUACCAGAAACCUUGGAAGAAGGCGAACAAUUUGGCAAAGAUGCCAAAGUUUGCCAAUUUCCGUGCACAAACCGCCAGAAGAAGGAACCGGUGAAAAUGUCCAGAUUUAGCAUGCAUAGAGAUUCGAAAACAAUUAGCCUCUACGACUACGGAGUGUAACCGUCCACCGUUACGUAAUUUAUAGAAAAUUUAACAAAACUCUAGUGGUGAAUAUUUUCGCGGUUUCCGGUGAGUCCAUUCAAACGCAUCUUUUUCCACUUAAUUCUAACUGGUUUAUUGUACAAAAAAGCAUUCGCCGCCGUUUUCUGUCGUCGAAAUUAUCUGCUAGCGAGGAUUUUACGUGUAUUACGGCGUAUCUUUAAUGAUUUUUUGACACAAAUCGUGUUCGAACGACAAAAAA